UUACAAUGGAAGGAUGACACGUGUCUAUGGCCGCAAAACACACUUGUCGAGAGAGAGAUUGCACGGUGAUUUGCUCAGUGGUCGGUUGCACGGGUCUUGUGAUUGAUUGGUCCUGAUUGCCAAUCAAUGGCGAGUGGCGAGUGGGAACCGCUGGUGCGUGGGAGUGAGAUCGGUCAUGAGCAAUGUGCCUUUCACGGCAGACACAAAUUGCGUAAACGCUGUUUCGCUGAAAAAUCACAUUGUGAAUGUGCACUGCGGAUUACCGCUGUCGAUUCGAAAGAAGAUUGUAGUUGGGAGUGCGAUGAUGGUGGUGGUGAUUGUGGAGGUGAUUGUGGAGGUGGUGAUGAUGAUGAUGAUGAUGAUGAUGAUGAUGAUAUGGGUGAGAGAAACGGGGAGCAGGACGUGGUGGGAGAGGAGAAAGGAGGGAAAGACUAAUGAUGAUGAUGAUGGUGUGGUGGCGGCUUUGUUGAGGAUGAGGAUGAGGAUGAUGGUUAUGGGGUGGGCAUUGAGGAGAAGAAUGGGUGGGUGGUUGGCGGCAGCGAGGAAGGGCCUUGUGCAGAGGAGGCAAGGGGAAGAGGAAUAGGAGAAAAAGUGAGGAGAAGGAGGAAAGGGGGAUAGAUAGGAGAGUCAGAACGAGUAGAACUGAGGUAAGGAGGAAGGAGGGUGGGGAGGAGUAGAGGAUGAGGAGAAUGAAGAGGAGGAAAAGCAGCGGGGACAGGAGGAAGACGUGGAAAACGAGGCAGACGUAGAGGAGGAAGACGGGGAGGACCAAAAGAGGAAGAAGAGGAAGAAGUCUGAAUACGAAGCUUGAGGAAAAAGAGGAGUAUCAAGGGUAGAAGUAAAAGGAAGAGGAGGAAGGAGGGUGGAAGGAGGAGAGGAGGAGAAGAGGAGGACAAGCGGAAGGACACAGGAAGAAGAGGAAGAAGAGGACGAAGAGGAGGAAGACGAGGAGGAGGAAGAGGAGGAAGAGGAGGAAGAGGAGGAAGAAGAAAUGGAGGCAGAAGUUUGACGAAAUUGAGGAAGAAGAGGAGGAAGGGGGAACACGAGGAGGAAGAAGAAGCAAAGGAGGACCAUUUUACACGGAGGAGGAGAAGAAAGCAUAAUAGGGAGAGGAGGAAGAAGAUUAGGGAGCAAAACAGGCAUUGUAUGCACACGCGCGAAUGGCGUGCGCGAGACUGAAAAAAAUAAAAAACUUAAUGAAAUUCACUCACCGAG